AUGGCCAAGUGUCACGCCAACAACAACAUAGGAUCUUUACUCCUCGACCACACCACCGCAACCACCACCACCAGCGCCUCUGGAACCCACCAUUACAGUCUAUGGACAGCCUUCUCCAGGAAAAUAUUUGAUGCUGUCAGCUGUGGUGGCAGCUCACGGUACCGCCAUUAUGAAGAUGACAUCUCCUCCUUCACCACCACAACCACCACCUCCGCCACCACCACUGCCGCUACCAACACUAGUGUUUUAAGAGAAAAACAGAACAAGGCAACGCUCAGUGUUACUAAUAAUUCGAAAAAGGAAAAUAAUGGGAAUCCUCAAAACCUGAAGGUUGGAGAGAAAGGGAGAGUUAAAGCAAGAAAUGGUAAAUCAGAGAAGUUGUCAGAUCUAUUGAGUGUGGCGGAAGCGGAGAGUGAGACUGAGACUCAAAAGAAAAUUGAGGUUUUGGAAGGGAUGAAAAGGAUUGUUAGAGAGUUACAAGUUGAAGAAGGAGGGAAGAGAAGAGAAGCUGCAUGUAAUGUCAGGUUGUUGUGUAAAGAAGAUGGGAAAGCAAGAGUUACUCUUUCUAUGUUAGGAGCCAUUCCUCCUCUUGUUGGAAUGCUUGAUUUGGAGGAUUUUCAGUGUCAAAUUGAUGCUCUUUAUGCCUUGCUUAAUCUUGGGAUCGGAAAUGACGCGAACAAAGCUGCCAUUGUUAAAGCGGGAGCUGUUCACAAGAUGCUAAAGAUCAUAGAAUCUCCAAAUGCUGCAAACCCAUCUGUAUCUGAAGCCAUAGUGGCGAAUUUUCUUGGCCUGAGCGCGUUGGAUUCGAAUAAACCGAUCAUUGGCUCUUCUGGUGCAAUCCCCUUCUUGUUAAAUGCCCUGAAGGAUUUGGAUAAAAAAAAUAGCUCUCAAGCAAAACAAGAUGCUCUUAGAGCUCUGUACAAUCUCUCAAUAUCCCCAUCAAACAUCUCAUUUAUUAUCGAAACAGAUUUGAUCUCGUUUCUGAUGGGUUCGCUGGGAGACAUGGAAGUAAGUGAAAGAACUCUCUCUAUUUUGAGCAAUGUAGUGUCAACACCGGAAGGUCGAAAGGCAAUUAGCACCGUGCGAGAUGCUUUCCCGAUUUUGGUUGAUGUCUUGAAUUGGACCGACUCACCAGGAUGCCAAGAGAAGGCAUCUUACAUAUUGAUGGUGAUGGCACAUAAAGCGUAUGGAGAUAGACAGGCUAUGAUUGAGGCAGGAAUUGCAUCGUCCUUGCUUGAAUUAACACUUUUGGGUAGUACAUUGGCGCAGAAGAGGGCUUCAAGGAUCCUGGAAUGUUUGAGGUUGGAUAAAGGGAAACAAGUAUCAGAGAACUACGGUGGCAAUAUGAGUGCAGCAGUGUCUGCUCCUAUCUAUGGAACUCCAUCAUCUUCUACAAACCCCAAUGUGGUUUCAAAGGAGUGUUUAGAGGAGACAGAAGAUAUGAUGAGUGAGGAAAAGAAAGCCGUGAAACAUUUAGUCCAGCAGAGUUUGCAGAACAACAUGAGGAGAAUCGUCAAGAGGGCCAAUUUGCCGCAAGAUUUUGUUCCGUCGGAACAUUUCAAGUCCCUCACAUCAAGUUCAACCUCCAAGAGUUUACCAUUUUGA